UUAUAUUAUAAUGUUGCAUGUUAAAUUACAAUAAAUUUUGAAGCUAAUAUUGAGAUAUCAUAGAGUGUUCCUAUGCAAUAAACUUGAUAAAACUAUUAUGUAAUAACAUCUCUAAUAACAUUUAAAAAGAAGCAGAAAUCAUGAAAGAAUUAUUAUCGAAUCAAGGUGCUAUGGGAUAUAGCAGUUCUUUUGUGAAUAGUAAUAAUAAAGAUGCAGGUACAAGUAGUAUUGCAAGUGAUAACAACUCAAGGAAAUAUGCUAUGCUUAGUACUGAAUGGAUCUCUGCCAUUGGCGAGGAACUAGGCAUACAUCCAUUGCCAGAUCCUCUUUUAAAGCGAUUAGCAGAAGAUGCUUCUUAUCGCUUGAGAGAAGUUCUUCAUAAAUGUGUUACAAGACUGAGACACAGUAAAAGAAAACGCCUAACGUCCAUGGACGUGAAUGCAGUAAUCACCAGCCUAUGCGAUGCAGAUCCAGUUUUUGGUGCACCAGAGUCCAUGCCGGAGUAUCACACAGAAGCAAAGGUGUACGUUCCUAGCGAGUCUGUCGUCAAUCUUGCUAAUCAAAUAAAUGAUCCAUUGAAUUUAUCCCAAAGUAAUGUGCCCUUUCUGCAAGAAUCUGAAAUAUGCGAUAUGAAGCUUACAGAGGCACGUCAUAAUUAUGCUAAACGUGCGUUGAAAACUUUAUUUAAUGGCUCUCAAAAAACCUUUCAGGUAUUACUUAACGACUGUUUCACCAACGCGCAUUUAGCCGAUGAGGGAAUCAUAGAUAAAUUGAUGUCCAUUGCUAGGUCUAUGGUAAUCUCAAAUAACGCACAAUAUACACGUGUUUCUACACGAACGUGUCAACUUAUAAUCGCUAUUGCUAGCAAUAGCGAAGCUGUCUAUCCCUAUCAUCUUAAUUCGGUGGAUAAAUUAACGGAAUUACUGCUGGAAUUGCUGUUGGGUCAAAGUUUCAUACAUCCAAAUUUAGAAGUGCUCUUCAAGGAAUGCGUGCUCAAACUGAUGCUUCGUUGGCCGUCGAUUGCCGACAAAUACAUACCAACAUUGGAAAAUGUCCUUAUAAAGACUGAAAUGGAGAGCAAGGAUUUUCACAAAAAAAGGAUAAUGUCGGUGGAAUUGUUAGCGAGCAUUCAGCCUCUUAUAUUUUUCCAACAGGAAGCCUCACAUACACUUUCCAUAUCAAAUAUUUUGUAUUUUUACGCCUCAUUUGGUUCAGUUAUUUGGCAUCGAAUAGCUCUAGCUGUCUGUGCUCUCACGAAAUCGCAGAGUCCUUGUUUAAAUUUAUCCCCUUUGAUCGAAUAUUACGGAGACUCAUUGUUACUUUAUUUAUCCAUUAAUCGCGGAACAAGAGAGAGAAGAGUUAAGAAAAGUGCACUACUAAAUAUCAACAAAAGUAAGAUGAAGUAUGUUAAGGUCAGACCCUCGCUUAACAAUAGAAUGCUAUGGGAUCGGCAAUCGGCUUUUCCAGAUUCCAAGCUGAGAGGACCAAGGCGGGAAAUAAAAUUUGCAUUCGCUGGCGCUCGUCCGGUUCCACCCCACAAUCUAAAACGCGCUAUUUUAAGAGCAGAUUAUCAAAUCCCAAGAAAUGAUCUCCCGGCCUCUCACGCUCUAGUCGCAUCACGUAGAUUACUUAUGAUUAAAGAUAAAAAGAAGGAUUUUUACAACUUUUAUAAUCUGGCAAAUGUGUGCCUGUAAUUAGAUAAUUAAUAAGCUGAAAAUAUAUAAGUUUUAUUUAGUCGAAUAUCUUAAUCUCGGCGUUUUGUAUUAUAUUAGUUAUAAAUUAGUUACAGCUAUUUGUAUUCAUUAAAAUUUAAAGAGAUCGUCAAUGUAUUCCUCUUUCAGGAAACUUCAAAAUUUUGUUAAUGUCAAUAUUGACAUCUCCUUAAUUUUCUUGUUUUCUAUGACAUGAGUCUCAAUCCAUGUCAGUCGAAAUAAAAGAAGUUCCUGAAAGAGAUUCUUCACAAAUCUUAUAUUUCAAAUCAUUAUACAAAGAUCUUUUUUAUUUUGUGAAUUGUGUAAAAAUUAUUUAUUAAGUUGUAUAUGUCUAGUGUAGCAAGAAUACGGGUUUUUUACGAA